CAGAAGCAGAAGCAGUAGUAGUGGCAAGUGCAAGUGCAGCACGUGUUUUGAGGUGGCAUAAUCAUAAGGAAAAUUGUGCGCGGUUGAUGGUGCCUAGCAGAUCGUGAAUAAGUUGGAGCAGAUUUUAAAUUCAAGUCGACGAACUUGUUGCUGUGGUUUUGGUGGCUGUGAGUGAAAUGAAGUUUACGUUGUGCAUGAUUGGCUGUCUGGUGGUCGUUCUGGGCCAUGUCCGGGCUGAUCCCGAACCGGUUACGCCGGACACCCGGAAGGCGCGCCAUCCGGUUAAUGGACCAAGCAAUUACAACUCGAUCUCGGUUCCGGACAGUGAAACGUUGAGCAAGCUCCAGAAUCAGGUGGCUCCCUCGGUGCAGCAAAUCCCGCUGAAGCCCAUUGGAUUGCCAACGAAGAGUUCUGAUGUUGGACAAGCGUACAGUGUAACGCCGGGUCCGCUGAACAGCCAAUACGUGCCGACUACGUCCAAUCAGAACCUGAACCAGUACUACAUGGCUAUGGCCACUCCACAUGCCACCGGAAACCAAGUUCUUGCUCCAGCAGCAUCCCCACUCAUCAUGCAAUACAUCAACCCACAGGGCCAACCCACCGGAGGCCUACAGUACAUCCAACUGUUGCGUCCAGUUAUGUACAACCCGUACGGCACCCAGUACGUCCAACCGUCCUACGUACAACAACCGACGGUCGGAAUCAACCAGCCGCACCAGCACCAUUCCCAUUCCCUGUCCCACUACUCCCACGCCGGAGCCGUGGUGCCACCCUCGCCGACCUCUACGCCCAGCGCCGCCACCACCCAGUCCAGCUUCGUGCCCUUCCAGCCCUCUUCGCUGCAGCAGCCCGUCCACCAGUACGGAACGGUUCCGUCCCCUAGCCAUCACCACCUGGCGGCCGCGGCACCAGCUUACACCAACCCGAUUGGCCAGUACUCGAGCCCGAUGUUGUCCUACUUCGCCGCCCCACCGAGGAUCUCCCUGAUCAACGGGCCCGGCGAGCUCAACACCAACGAGUACAUGCCCAACCCGGGGGACCACGUGUUCAUCAAGGGCGUCAAGACGAUCCGGGCCUAGGAACCACCGGCAAAAAUCUGUGGUAGCGAUCUCCCAAAGCGAACUCUGUCCUUGUUUUUAAUCUUUGUCGUGUUGAGAUUUCAUUAUUUAUGAUAUUUAAUGUGCUGUUGACUAGUAUUUAACGAAGAUGAAGAAUCAACCAAAUCCAACUAAUAUUGAUACCAUACUAACAAAAGUUUGAUUAUUGUUGAUUCCCUG